AUGGCUACAUCCACUACAUACGAGAAAGCUGAAAGGGAGAAUGAACAACUUCAGUAUGUGAACGAUCAAAACUUCAAUCAAAGGGAAAACUACUCGAGAAACAACUACUAUCAGGGAUCGAGGUUCAACAAAGAUGAGGCAAGACUUGACAACAUUGAGACUCAUAUGACCAACUCUGGGGCUACAAUGAAGAAUAUAGAGAAAGGACAAUUUCCUAAUGAUAUAGAGGUUAACCCAUGGGAACACUGCAAUGCUAUCACCUUACGGAGUGGUAAAGCAGUUGAAGAAUACAAACUUAGAAAGGUUGGGGUGCCUACAUCGGAUCCCAUACUUACAGGGGAAAAGCAGACUGAAGGGAAAAAAAAUGAGGCAAAGAGGUAUUUGAAGAAAGAGUUUGAUGAAAAAUUCGCAAAGUUUCUGGAGGUCUUCACGAAAAUCCACAUCAACAUUCCCUUUGCAGAAGCAUUGGCUCAAAUACCUAGCUAUGCCAAGUUUUUAAAGGAAGUGAUGUCAAAGAAGAGAAAGUUUGAGGAAUUCGAGACUGUUAAGCUGGCAGAGGAGUGUAGUGCCAUACUUCGAAAGAAGCUCCCUCACAAAUUGAAAGGUCUGCCAGCUUUAACACCCCGUGCAAUAUUGGUGGUAUCACAUUUGAGAGGGCACUAUAUGUCCUUGGAGCUAGCAUAA